AUAUAUAUAACUCUGUUAGCGUCGCAGUUGAUCACACUGUUAUGAAGAGUGCUUCACGCGCUGUGUGUAAACAUGCACAUGCUAUGCUGAGGCUCUCAGUCUUCGCUUGGCAGCCGUUGAGAACGGAGCUCCCGUUGGAUGUUACCGCUAAGUGCGAAUUGCGCACAGUUAUUCAGUUUUUGGAUGCAAAGGGCACUGCACUGAUUGAAAUCCAUCACCAAUUGACAGAAGUGUUUGGUGAGUUGUGCAUGAAUGUCAAAAAUGUUCGUAUGUGGUGUAGAGAGUUUGCAGCUGGUCGGACUGAAAUUCACGACCAACAAAGAAGCGGGAGACCGACAAUUUCUGAGGAGACAGUGUUGAAAGUUGAACGAAGCACGUGUGAAGAUUGGCAUAUCACCCUGAAUGAUCUCUGCACAUUGGUUCCUGAAGUUUCCAGAAGCACCAAUCACAGAAUUUUAACGGAAACAUUGAACUACUGGAAGAUGUGUGCAAGAUGGGUGCCACGCAUGCUGACUGAAGACCUCAUGCAGAAAUGAUUUGAUGCUUCCUGUGCAUUUCUUCACAGUCUUGCAGCUGAACAGGACAACUUUCUGUACUCAGUUGUCAUGGGUUGACGAAACCUGGGCAUACCACUUUACACCUGAGACCAAGCAACAAUCGCGCCAGUUCAUAACUUUCUGAAAAGCAUGGUGGUGAGCUGGUAUGACAUGGGAAUGCAAAAACUGCCACAGCAUCUACAAAAAUGCAUCGACAGAAAUGGUGAUUUUGUCAAAAAAUAGCUAAAUGUUCAAGCUGUAAACUGAUGUAAACCAUUGUAGAAAUAAACAGGUCUAUGUUCUUAUAAAGAAAGUAGGAGACCUUACUUUUGGGAUUACCCUCGUACUGUGCACUCUUGUAUCAUGUAGGGUACUGUACACCCUUGUACCUUUUAUUAUACAUAUUUUCUGACAAAAUCCAUGCAAUAUGUAUUGUCUCUGGGUGAAUAAACUAUUACUACUACUAUUACUACUACUAUGCUCUAAAUCAUUAAUGUACAGUGUGUUGCUCCUAAGAGUUGUUUGGUGCAUUUUCUCUGGUGUUACAACAGGUAUUUGCAGUUUCACUUUUGCAAUGUGUAGAUGAAGUCACGUCAUAUAAGUACUGCUCAUCACAUGUUUUAUGCAAUGCCCACUGUCUAUGAAAAGUGUCUGUUUGUUUCCUGUUACAAACAAAAUUAUUUUGAAAAGAGAAUUUUAUGUGACCAUUCAAUAGUGGGGUCCAAAAUUAG